AUGGCUUGGAUUUAUGAGUAUAUUCCUUUGACUCAACCCCAACAAAAGAAUCAGAACACGUUGCUGCCCCGGGCAUGCCGAUGGAACUUUGGAGGAACAACACGUGGGCAGAGAAAGAAAGUUAUGGAAUGGAGAAAGGAUUUCGAGCAGCUUCAGUUGUCCGAUGUCAACUGGAAUCCUUACAAGGACAUAAAUCCAGCGAUUGUUCCAGGAUAUUGCAUCGCAGCAGAUAACAUUUGCCACUCUCGGACAUGGCUAAUCAGCUUUAACAUAAAAGAGGUGUAUGUACCUGACCGGUUCAAUAGGCAGUUUGGGAGGGAGCAAGGUCGCCUCUAUCAGGUGCCAAUGUGGGCAAGAAGAACUUGGAGUAAGGGGAAAGACUGGAGGGUUGAGUAUGCUCGUGAGAUUGAGGACUUCCAUCAAUUGGUUGGUUGUCGUUUUAUCCCUUCUACGGAAGCUAACAUAAACUCCCUCCCGAAUGAGUCUAUAGCUGGACAGAGUACUACCAGAUGCAGCCGGAAUGCAUCUCAAAACUUCUCUAUGAUGGUUGAAGAUUUAAAGAAUGAUCUCCCGGUAAUUGAUCGUUAUCUGGAGGGACAGGUGCUCCCCGUGGAGGUUGCAAGCUUCCUAGAGAGGGUGAGUACGAUGAUCAAAACUUACUUCCCACCGCAGAGCAAUGAAAGGAAAGACGAAGCAGCUCAGAGCAAGAAUGUCAGAGCAAAGAAUCCAAGAAAGAGGGUGAGAAAACCUUUGCUCUCUGAAGAUCCUUCAAGCCCUCAGGAUUCUGUGGUAGACCGGUAUGCAGGUGCGCUGGUGCCUUAUCAGGCUAGCAAGUGUGACAGGGUGUUGGAUGGCACCGUGCCUCUGCUAAACAGAGGGGAAGCGUUGAAGGAAAACGAGGUGAUGGAUCCCUGGCAAAUGUCGCAUUUGACAGCAGAGUCGUCUUCGUCUGGAGACUCGAGCUUGCCGGAAUCAAGGAGGCGGGGGUGUGAGGAAUCCGGAACCCCGAGGAGCAACCAGGGGGUCCGAAGGAGUGGAAGGAUGUGCGUGCAGCUCAAGAUGUUCAAGCACAGGGACGGGGUUGGGGCCGAGGAGACCAACCCGAUCUUCCUCUGA